CCAACGCGGAGAACACCAGCAGCAGCAGCAGCAACACUACCAACAACAACAACAACAACAACAACGACGACGAUCAAACUGACGACUGCAACAAGGCCCAAAGUCAGCCCAUCCAAGACGUUUACAACAUCAGCAGCAGCAGCAGCAGCCGUAGUAGAAGCAGCAGAAGCAGCAGCAGCAGCAGCAGUAAAGAAUCUCACCACGAAAGCCAGGGACCAGCAAACCACAUCGGGAGAUCCCCCGAGGAGAUAAAAAGCCAAAGUUUCUCUCCCGGAUCUUGUCAACAAAGCGGCGACAAUCAUUCUGUGACUCUUCCUGGCGCACAAACCGACAGUGACCCGUGCGACUUCUUACACGAGGGGGGAAACGCUGUAACAACUGAGAACAACAACACCAACACCAACAACAGCAACAACACCGGCGGUGUUGAAGACCACCACGUGCCUCAUCCCGACAACAACGACAACGACAACGACAACGACAACGACAACGACAACAACGACCGAAGCGACGACCACCCCGUCGCCCACGAGACCAGCGAUAACAACAACAGCGAUUUAACAGACCUAAGUCCCGGCUGCACCGCAGACCGAACCCCCAACAACAUGGGCCACUCUGCAGACGCUUUCUCUGGGAUCUGCUUUUAUAAAGUGAAGACUCUGCUGGCGCGGACGGCGGAGAUGGAUAGUAAAGAGAGAGUCAAGGUGGAUGAGAGCGAGCCGGUUGGAGGUGAUGUGAACGGAGGAGAAUUGUUCGAGCGUGUGAUCAACGACGACUUCAUCCUGACGGAGAAAGCUUGCGUGAUGUUCAUGAGACAGAUCUGUGACGGGGUGGCCUUCAUGCAUUCCCAGAAUAUCCUACAUCUAGACAUGAAGGAAAAGAAUGUCAGCUUCCUCUUGUCUGGACCACCAGUGGCUUAGGAGAUCCGUGAAGCGGGAGGGAAACAACACCCCCGAGCGCUCACUCUCCAAGAAACGUCUCCGGAAGUUCGUCUACAGGCGGAAGUGGCAGAAAGCUAUCAACGCCAUGUUGGCCCUGAGACGUAUGGGCGUCACGUUGUCAUAGUAACCGAGACGUCACACGCACGCAUGCGCUGCGUAUACAAGGUGCACGAGUGACCACUGUCCAGCAUCAUCGUGAUUCCAAAGGAAGGGACCUGCCUCACGUCGCCCUCCCCACGACGGGACCGACAGCAAGCCACGACCACGCGGGAACUUGUCCCUACACCCUCUCACAGCGACCUUCACCUUCCCCAUCAGUGACCGUCAACUUCCCCUCACAUCGACCUUCACCUUCCCCAUCAGUGACCUUCAACUCCUCACACAACAACCUUCACCUUCCCCAUUAAUGACCUCCAACCCAACCCCCCCCC